AUGGAUUCUGACUCUGGCUCCACCGGCAGCCGCGCUUCAUCCCCAGACCUGAUCGUGGAUGACACCACUGGGAGCUUCUUCUCCAACAAGAUGUUCCAGACAUACUGCCGAGAGGAUGGAGCCGAUAACGAGGCCGGCCAGACCAGGACAGAAUGCCGCAGCUUGGGCGGUAAGACCAACAACAGGUCUGAGAUCUCCAAGGAAGAGGGGCAAGACCUGAGACUGAAAGUCAACAGCCGGGAGAGGAAAAGGAUGCAUGAUCUGAACCAGGCGAUGGAUGGCCUGAGAGAAGUCAUGCCCUACGCUCAGGGGCCUUCAGUCCGCAAGCUGUCCAAGAUCUCCACCCUGCUGCUGGCUCGCAACUACAUCCUGAUGCUGUCCAGCUCCUUGGAGGAGAUGAAGAAGCUGGUUGGGGAUGUUUACGGAGGAAGUGCUGGCAUUGCGAGCCGCACCGCUGCCCGCCCCGCUAUCACCCCUGUGGCCCCCACAGCCCACCUCUCUCUGCAUCCCCUUGCCCAGUCUCUGCACUCUCUGGUGGGCAGCACGCCUCCAGCACUGCAGCAUCACUCCACUUCUACAGCUGCAGCUCCAGCCCCACACUCGCCUCCAUCUGCCAGCUUCUUGGGUUUUCAUGCUCCAGUCCAGGGGCUUCUUAAGGACCCGCUCCACCUGAGCAGCUCCUACAUGCACUUUCCCGGCAUGCCCUGCCCUUGCUCACUCUGCCAGCCUUUGCCAACCACUACCUCUACAUUACACAACCUGUCCAUGAGCAAGUGA